GCAACUGUAACCUCGUUGGUGAGAUGCUGCAAAUGGAUGCAGAGGAACAUUUAUUUGGUGGAGAGCCAAGUGAUUCUGAUGAUGCUGAUUAUGAGGUGAUGGAAGAGUCGGAUGAAACUUCCAGUGAUUCAUUUUUGCAUAUUGAUCCAGAAGAUUUGCAAGAAGGAGUGAGGUCUGAACGAGCAACGUCUUCGGGUGCACGUGGUCGGCCAAGGAGCAAAUUGCGCGGGAAAAACAACUACGCUUGGUCAACGAAUUUGCCUGUUCGCACUUCAGAUCGUUUCAUCCCUCCCGAGGAGAUAAUAAUCCCACAACCAAUCGGAGCGGCUAGCGCACUUACUAACAUCGAAGAUUUUUGUAAUUUGUUAUUCGAUGACAGCAUUUUAAAUACUAUCGUCGAUAGUACAAAUAAAAUUAUUGAAGAUUUAAUAGUACAGAGAAUUGCCGACGAAAGAAGUGUUGAAACUGAGCAUCAUCGGCUAGAUUUAAAUGAAUUUAAAGCUUUUUUGGCAAUUUUGUACCAUAUGGCUCUAUGGAAGUCGUCAAAUGUCGAUGACAAUAUGCUCUGGAGCUCUGAAAAUGAAAAGUUACAGAACCCAUUCAUGGAACUGGACGAACUGUUAUAUGUGAUAACUGGUUCACCUCAGUACCUCUAA